AUGUCGGAGUCAGAUAAGAAAAUAACCAAACGGGCUCGGUCUUCUGAGAUCGAUUCUGACGAGCAGGAUCACCCGAACUCAAAUGAGCCGUCCUCUUCGAAGAUCAAAUUGAAAGAAGAUGAUGACAAGCAUGCUGGCGCUAUACCCAAGAAGAAAAAGAAGAGUAAGACCUUGACACCGGGGAUAGUUUAUAUCUCUAGAUUACCUCCUGGAAUGACACCUCAGAAAGUCAGGCAUCUGAUGGGAAGGUGGGGUGACAUUGGGAAAGUCUAUGCGCAAAGACGUGAUGCACCAACCGGCUACAAUCCCUCGGCUGCCCAACAAAAGAAACAGAAACAUGCCAGUGCGAACUUCUCAGAAGCAUGGGUCGAAUUCUUGGACAAAUCCGUAGCUAAGACUGUAGCUUCCAUGUUGAAUGCUCAGGUGAUAGGUGGGAAGAAAGGAGAUAAGUGGAGGGACGAUAUAUGGACGAUGAAGUAUCUGAGUGGGUUCAAGUGGGAGAUGCUAGGUGAACAGAUUGCAUACGAGAGACAAGCUCAUCAAGCAAGACUCCGAACCGAGAUAACCCGCUCCAAAGCCGAACAAGCAGAGUAUUUGAAGAACGUCGAACUUGCUCGUGUGCUCGAUAAACGAAAGGCCAAGAAAGCACAAUCGGGAAAGCAGGAUGAACUGCAGAAGGAUGGUACGGGUGGUGAGGAAGGAAAAGGUAGUUCGUACAGACAGAGACCGGUCAUAGAGGGGAGUAAGACCUUGUCAGGUAAAGGAAUGGAUGAUGUUUUGGGUAAUAUCUUUGGUUAG